AACCCAAACAAAUGGAUGUGGGAGUGGGAUUUCCAGCUGUGUCAUUUGAGGAGGGAAAGUUUAGUUAGCAGCAGGCAGAGUGCAUAGCAGGAGCUGAUAAGGCACAGAUCUCUCAUUAACAAGUGCUCUGUGAGGUCCCAGCAGGAAGGGAAUCCUGGCGUCUUGCCACAGUGCCUGCACUUACUAUAAACACUUCCCAACUGUUUCACAAAGCUCUCAGCCCGGACUUGUGUCUCUUCUGGACUUUUUCAACUUCAGCACAAGUUCAGCAAAACAAGAAUCCAAAUGUGGGGGGCACUGGUGAAGGAAAGCGCGGAACCUCUGCAUUAAUCAUUGGAGAGCAGUUUGUUACCAGUAAGAGCUCAAUGUGGGACUGGAGAAAGUGACUAUGAACUGAUUACAAAACUUUCAAGAAGUGCGUUAAUAUUUGGCGAUGUCAGGAAUGCUCAACGAGUUUUAUGAAUGCUCCUCAUCUUCUUGAAAGGGCUUGUUGUGCUCAUUAGAUACAAGAAGGGGCAGCUGUGGAUGUUACUGAACUGGUGACUGAUGUAUUCCUGCUUCUGGAUGUUGUGCUAAAAAAUCCUAAGCAGACAAGAAAAACCUCAUUGUGGAUGUAGUGUUUCCCACAAACAAUAUGAAGCCUUCUCUUCUAUACCCAGCUUUGCUGUCACUGUUGCUCACAAGGGGCCUCUGCACCUCCUUUAUAAAAGUCAACCAUGGGAUGAAAGUUAUGAAAGGACAGAGAGCAUUCCUGUCAGAGAGUGACCUGCAGUUUUCCAUCCCCAGGGAGAAGGAUGCCUGCAAAGUGGAAGUGGUUGUUAAUGAACCCAUUACUCAGAGGGUUGGAAAGUUAAUGCCACAGGUGUUUGACUGCCAUUUCCUAGCCAAUGAAGUUGAGUACACUCACAAUGGCUGCCCUCUCCUGGAUGAAGAUGAAGUCAUGCUCAGACUUUACAGGUUUACAGAAACUGAAACUUUUACUGAAACCUUUCUGUUGAGGGUGAAGUUAAUAGAGCCUGACUGUAAUAUCAUACAGCUGGGGCCUAAAAGGCUUGAAGUUCCAGAGUUUUAUGGUCUAUCUGACUUUAUUGAUAAGAACAUACUGAGCUUUGACUAUGACAAAAGAAUAAACCUUGAAUGUACCAUCAGAAUAUCGCCUUCUGAAUCUUUCCUUCCUGCACACGGUCAGCUUGUGACUGGAGAUCCCGUGAAACAAGAACCACGUGGAGAUCAACCUCAGAGCUUCUUCCAUGGAUCAGAUCAAAAGCCAGGUCCUCUGUGCAAGAAUGGAGGUUGUAUACAAGGUUUAAAGAGCAUCCAGAAGACUAUUAAAAUAAGUUGUGAAGAUUUCCUUGUGAUGGGCAUUAGAUACCAGCACUUGGAUCCUCCAUCUCCGGAUGUUGAUUAUAUAGUCAUCAGGUUGGAUCUUACAGACACAAGAAGCAAAUCACUUUACAAGUCGGAGCAUGCCUGGAUUCCUGUUCUUAUUCGGGAUGCUGUUCCAAAUCAGAUCCCCAAAGCCACCUUCAUGUCCAUGUUUAUCUUAGAAGUAGAUCAGUUUAUUCUAACACCCAUCUCAACAGCAACACUGGAUGCUGAGGACAGUGAAACAGCCAAACAUCUUCUGGUCUUCAAUAUCACAGUACCUCCAAGCAAUGGGUUCAUCACACACUUAUCUGACCACACCAAGCCUAUUACAUCCUUCACAUGGAAAGAUCUCAAUGAGAUGCUCAUAGCAUAUCAGCCCCCAAACAGCAGCCACACAGAGAGAAGAAACUUGGAGGUGGAGUUUGAGGUGCACGACUUCUUUUUUGAAAGGAGUUCUCCAAUUACAGUGCAUAUCUCUAUACGUACAGCUGACACAAAUGCUCCUCGUGUUUCAUGGAAUAUGGGUUUGGAUCUACUGGAAGGCCAGUCUCGACCAAUCACAUGGAAACAGUUUCAAAUUGUAGACAAUGACAACAUCAAUGCAGUUCGUUUGGUCAUUGUAGAUGGAUUGCAGCAUGGACGUAUUACUCUAAGAGGUGGGAAAGGAUUUAUGUUCACUGUUAAGGACAUCCAGGCAGGAGUUGUCUGCUACCAUCAUGAUGACAGUGACACUACUAAGGAUUUUAUAGUCUUCAGAAUAUUUGAUGGCCGUCACAGCAUACGACACAAGUUUCCUAUUAACAUCCUACCAAAAGAUGAUAGCCCUCCUUUCCUCAUUACAAACAUUGUUAUUGAGCUUUCUGAAGGUCAAACGGUCCUUAUCCAGGGAUCUAUGCUCUGUGCUUCUGAUAUGGACUCCAGUGAUGACUACAUACGUUUCAAUAUCACAAAGCCUUCUAUAGCUGGAGAGAUUAUAAAGAAACCAGCACAAAAUCUUCUUGCUUAUCCUGUCACGAGCUUCCUGCAACGAGACUUGUAUAAUGGUUUUAUUUAUUAUCGCCAUUUUGGAGGAGAAGUAUUUGAUGAUUCAUUUGAGUUGGUUCUGUCUGAUAGCCACGAUCCACCAAACUUUUCUGGCCCUCAGGCAGUAAUCAUACACAUAAGCCCAGUGGAUGACCAACUACCCAUAGAGGCACCUGGAACAUUACGCCAUUUAAUCGUAAAGGAGAAUGAGGUUGUUUACAUAACAAAGAAACAGCUGCAUUUCAUAGACCCAGAGUUGCCUGAUAGAGAUCUUAUUUACACACUGGCCACUCCACCUUGUUGGGUGCAACCCUACAGCAGUUUAAAUGCGGGGAAGAUAGUUCUUGUAGAGACUAUCGCUAAACUUGGAAAAGAUUAUGCAGGGGACGCAGCAAAAACAUUUUCACAGCAUGCUGUGAAUCAUCUCAAAGUCGCUUACAUUCCACCAGUUGAAGAGAUUGGCCCAAUUCCUAAACAUGUCCAGUUAAUAUUAUCAGUGAGUAACCAACAUGGAGGAACAGUUCAAGGCAUCUGUUUUAAUAUCACUAUCCUUCCAAUAGACAAUCAGCCUCCUGAGGUGUUUUCAUAUGACUUAAAAGUUGAAGAAGGUGGUUUCGGUCAAAUUACUGCAAGUCACAUUCACAUCACAGAUAAGGACACCAGACAAGAACAUAUUAAAGUCAUUUUGCAGAAAACUCCACCGCACGGUAUUGUUCAACUUGAUGGAUCUGCAUUGCAGGAAGGUGACCCAUUCACCUGCUUGGACCUCAGCACAUUAAAAGUUAGGUACCUGCAUGAUGGCUCAGAGACCCUACAAGAUGAAAUCUCAUUUAUUGCAACAGAUGGAAUCAAUUCAUCUGAGUUCAUUUUAAAAAUACAGGUUUCUCCUAUUAAUGAUGAACCUCCACUUAUCAAAGAGAACCUCAUUUCCACCAUUACUUGCAAAGAGGGGGCAGAGAUAGUCAUAUCGGCAGACUAUAUCUCAGCUACUGAUGUAGAUAGUGACGACAUGAAGCUGAUAUUUAUGAUCGCUCGCCAACCACGUUAUGGUAUUUUGCUGAAGGCUGGAACCUUCAUCGAUCGAUUCACCCAGAGAGAUGUUCUUGAAGGAUUGGUACAUUAUCGACAUACAAGUGGGGAAAUUGGCUUGAAGGUCUGUGUUGAUAUAAUAACACUGGUAAUUUCUGAUGCUGAAGCAGAUAAACAACAAAAAAACUGCUGCAACAAUGGGUCUCAUCUGCUGUUAUUGCCAAACCAUGAUUCUUUUCCUGUAUAUGAUCUCAAUAUCACAAUUCUUCCUGUGGACAACCAACCCCCAUCAGUUAUCAUCGGUGAAAUGUUUGUAGUGGAUGAGGGCAAAUCAGCUGCCCUCAGAGUAGAUCAUUUAAGUGCCAUGGACUCUGAUACAGAAAGCAAUGAACUGGAAUUCAUCUUGGUUUCUCCUCCUCGAUAUGGUUACAUUGAAAAUGUCCUUCCGUCUCCUGGAUUUGAGAAAAGUAACAUGGGCAUAAGUAUUGCUGCAUUUCUACUCAAGGAUAUUAGAUCUCUAAACAUCAACUAUGUCCAGUCUCGCCAUCAGAGGAUUGAACCGACCACUGAUCAGUUUACACUGUAUGUUACUGAUGGCAAACUGCGUUCUGUUGAAAAGCCAUUUUACAUCGUAAUCAAUCCGACAAAUGAUGAGGUUCCGGAAUUCUUAGCCAGAAACAUAACAGUUGUUGAAGGCCAAAUGAAAAAAUUGGAUCCCGCGGUAAUAAAUGUGUCGGACAUGGAUGUGCCACAGAAUCACUUAUACUUUACUGUUAUAGAGCAGCCCCAACAUGGACUGAUUAUUGAGGAAUCCUAUAUUAAUGAACAUAUGAAUAGAAGCCAAUUGAUAGAAAAACAUCAGACAAACAGCCUGCCUGUGAUACAAGAUUUUUCCAUGGAGCUGCUAAAAAAUGGAAUGAAGGUGAUAUACAUGCACGAUGACUCAGAAAACCUUGCUGACAGUUUCACUAUCCAGCUGUCUGAUGGAAAACAUGAAGUCAGGAGAACCAUUUUUGUGAAUGUAAUUGCUGUAAAUGACGAAAAGCCUGUGCUAACCAAACACUGUGAGGUGGUGCUGAGCAUGGGAGAGCACACUUUGAUUUCAAGUGCCAUACUGUCAGCAGACGAUAAGGACACACCUAGAACAAACAUUUGCUAUGUUAUUGACAAGGCUCCAGAACAUGGCCAACUUCAGAUGAAAGUCGAUCAAAACUGGGUGCCCUUGAAUACUGGGAUGAGAUGCACCCAGGAGGACAUUGAUAUGAACCUGGUUAGAUAUGUGCAUACUGGAGCAAUGGGCUCAAAGAAUGAAGACAAGUUUAAUUUCCACCUUUGGGAUGGUGAUAACCGAUCACCUGAGAUAUCUGUGAAUAUCUAUGUCAAGGAUAUGGAAAAGGGAGAUAUUGCACUUUUUGUGAAAAUGCUUAAUGUGUCUAAAGGAGAGAGAGUCAUCAUAACGACAAAUGUCCUACUUGCUAUUGAUGGGACGGACAGACCAGAAGAACUGCUCUAUGUGUUAUCCUCACCACCCCAAUAUGGGCAGAUUGAAUAUGUCAAGCAUCCUGGAAUCCCUGUAACAAGUUUCAGUCAGAUGGAUGUGGCUGCUCAGACUAUCUGCUACGUCCAUGAUAUCAAUUCUGCAGCUGCUGCUACUGAUGUGUUUAGAUUUCUUGUCAGCAAUGGGCUGAGAACAAAGCAUGGGAUCAUGACCGUCGCACUGGAAACAUUCGAUCGAACUCUUCCAACACUGUCCAGGAACGUUGGUCUAAGACAAAUGAAAGGGUCUAUGGAGUGUAUUUCCCCGGCCACUCUACAGGCACUGGACCCCGAUACGCCAUCUCAGAACAUUACUUUUCAGUUGGUGGAUCUCCCUCGAUAUGGAAAACUAUACCUCAGAGGCUUUCCACUGCAGCAAGAUCACAUCACCCAAAGAGAUAUUGACAACCUAGACGUUGCCUAUAAGCAUGCCGGGCAGGAUGCUCAAAUAGACAGGUUCAUGUUUACUGUUACAGACAGAGCAAAUCAAGGAUUUAUCAUUAACGGGAAAAUUCAGAUGGAACCAGUUCCAUUCUCCAUACAGGUAGAUCCUGUGGACAGCACUGCCCCCAGAAUUGUCCAUCUACAGUGCCUUACAGCAGUUGAGCUUCUAAGAAAUGGCCAGUAUGGAAUUUAUAUUACUUCAAGACACUUGAAGGCAUCUGAUCCAGACACGGAUGAUGAAAGAAUUAUCUUUCACAUUUUAAGUGGGCCCCACUAUGGUCAUUUAGAGAAUGUUACAACAGGCAGGUUUAUAAGAGAAAGAUUCACACAAGGGGAUUUAAACAGCAAAUCAGUGCUCUACCUAAUAAAUCCAUCCGUGGAUGUUUUUCAUGACACCAUAGAAUUUGAAAUUUCAGAUCCUGUUGGAAACAGAGCUUUACCGCAAAUCUUAGAGCUGAAAUGGAGUCAAAUUGAAUUGCUCCAAGGCAUGUAUGAGGUGUGUGAAACCGAGGCAGUUGUGUCUUUGAAGAUGACAAGAAGAGGUUACCCCCUGGAGUCUGCGUUUGUUUCACUCAAGGUGAAUGAAAUAAGUGCUGUGGUUGGGAAAGAUAUUUCCAUGACUCCUUCCAGGCUUGUACAGUUUGAUCCAGGAGUGUCAACCAAGACUUGGAAUAUAGUAAUUAUCCAGGAUGGAUUAGAAGAAGAUGACGAGGUCUUUGAAGUAGUUCUGAGUUCUCCCGUGAAUGCUGUUCUUGGCACUAAGACAAAAGCUGUAGUGAAAAUUGUGGACCCCAGAGGAGGUGGCUGUAGUUCCUCCAAAGUCAGCAAGAUGAAAACAACUGGAACUGGCUUACUAAACUGUACUGUAACACCUUUGCGCAAACCUUGUCCUGUUUUUAGUUUUAAAGAGACUGCAGAUAAGGUCAGGGAAGAUGUACAAGAAGACGUUCAAGCAUUACAAAAUCCAAGGAAGAGACUGAGGCUCACAGGGAACAGAAAAACUAUUAAACCAUCAUCCGUAUUUAGGAAUGAAACAGACAUCAUUUAUCAAUAUCAUGGGAUUGUGUCUCUCAGAGUGGAAGAAGAUCUCCCAGUAUUCAAUGAAACAAAGAAAACCAAAGUACUAGUAAAGAACCGUGGUCAGAGGAAGAUACAUGCUCCCUCCCAAAAGCCUGACAUUCUUCAGUUAGGCAGAACCAUGUUGGAUUCUCAUGUGACAACUAGUGGACAGGAUAACACAAUAUCGUUUCCUAAGCGAUGCACACCAAGUCUAAAAGGACUCUUGCAUUUUGAGGACACAUUACAGAGAUUGUUCCAGUGUGAUGGCAUAUCAUGGAAUCCAUGGAUCUCUGCUAAGGAUACUAAAGCAGCAAAGUGCCCAUUUGGCUGGACUUACCAUGAUGGCUACUGCUAUAUACUGAUCAGUGAUCAAAAGGCCACUUGGAUUACAGCAGCCAGAGCAUGCAGAGAACAGCAUUAUGGUACUCUGGUAGAUGUAUUCAGCAAGCAACAAAUGGAAUGGCUUUGGAAUUUCAGUGGCAGAAAAUCCUUUUGGAUAGGCCUCAACGAUAGAGUUCAUAAUGGAAAGUGGGAGUGGAGCAAAGGGGAAAUGGUCACCUUCACCAACUGGAAAAAAGGCCCUCCUCAAUCUUCACACAAAGGGAAGAAUUGUGUUUUGGCACAAAAGAGAGGCAAAUGGCAGGCCAAAAACUGCAAAAAAGGCAAAGGCCAAUACUAUAUAUGUUCAAAAAAGUUGUAACACUUCAUCUCUGCUUUGUAAAUUCCAUUAAGCUAUUUAUUUUAUGGAUAUAUUCCAAGAGAAUGAGUUAAAGGGAUAUCAUCAACAAAUGUGUAAGAAUGGUAAUAUAUUUCUUUUUAAAUGGGACCUGUCACCUGAGAAAAAUAUUCCAAAUUCCUAAGCAAAAUAAACUUUAAUUACACUAUA